AUGGCUCCCAGCCCCGAGGUUCCCCCGUUCUCCCUGGGGCCAGCACCCGUGGGUGCUGAGCUGGCAGCCCUUGUGCAGUGCCAGGAGAGAAAAUCCAAGAUCACAGCCUCGCGCAAGCUCCUGUUGAAGAGCCUGAUGCUGGCAAAAGCAAAGGAGGAGUGGGAUCAGGAGAUCGUGGACAAGCAGUCAGAGAAGGAAAGGUACCUGUCGGAGCGGAUCACACCGCUGCACACCAGCGGGCUCUCCCUGAGCCAGCUCCAGGACCUGUGCAGGGAGCUGCACGAGAAGGUUGAAAUUGUGGAUGAAGAGCGAUAUGACAUCGAAGCGAAGUGCAACCAUAACACCAGGGAGAUUAAAGACCUGAAAAUCAAAGUGCUUGACCUGCGGGGGAAGUUCAAGCGACCGCCCCUGCGGCGGGUCCGCGUCUCUGCCGAUGCCAUGCUGAGGGCUCUGCUGGGCUCCAAGCACAAGGUCUCCAUGGACCUCAGAGCCAACCUGAAGUCCGUCAAGAAGGAGGACACGGAGAAGGAGCGCCCCGUGGAAGUGGGCGACUGGCGCAAGAACGUGGAGGCCAUGUCGGGGAUGGAGGGGAGGAAGAAGAUGUUCGACGCUGCCAAGUCCCCCACGGGGCAGUGAGAGGUGUGCCAGGACAGAAGAAGGUCCCCAACCCCGCUGCCUGCCCCCUUUUCCCUUGCUGCCCCUCCGCACUCUUUGCACCCUCACCCUGAGCUCAGCACCGAGAUGAAAAGUGUGGACAACCGUGCGGGAAGGAGAUCUGAGCUUCUUCCUUCCAGCUCUGCCUCUUGCCCUGCUCCCACACAGCCCCAGCACAGCGGCUCCUGUGGGCAUCACCCCCACGGGAUGCGCUC